ACUAUUUUAAGCCAAAUUGGAACUUUUAUCUUCGGUUUUGUUCACUAUACUUUCCGUGAAUGAGUGGAAAAUAUUGCGCAAACACAUUUCUAUCUUUUGUCAAAAUAACAUGCCAAUUUUGAAAAGAGAGUUCAACGAGAGAAAAUAAGGGAAAUAAAAGAAAUAUAUUUUGAUCCCCAAAACUUAAUACAGUCCAAAGUUUGAAUAAAAAACUGAUGUCAACUAGUAGCAAUUGAAAUGUCUUUAUUUAUGUUACCUGACUAUGUUCAAUUUCUUGUCUUGAAGUUUGUGAGAAAAGGCAAGUAGAGUGAAAAUGAGGCAGAGCAAAAGAAGGAAUGGACUCAGAUGUGCCAAUAAUGAAAACUGCUUUCACUCAAAAACAAAUCAGACAACACAUUUUGGAACUCCCAGAGAUGAAAGGCCUUACAAAUGUACACAAUGUGAGAAGAGCUUCAAGCAUCAACACAUGUUACAUCUACACACCAGGGUUCACAGUGGUGACAAACCCUACAAAUGUAUGCAGUGUGAGAAAACAUUUAAUCAUUCAUCAAAUUUGCAAAGACACCUCAGAGUUCACAGUGGUGAGAAACCUCACAAAUGUACUCAUUGUGACAAAACAUUUAAUCGAGCAGCACAUUUGAAAAUACACCUCAGAGUUCACAGUGGUGAGAAACCUUACAAAUGUACUCGUUGUCACAAAACAUUUAAUCAAGCAGGAACUUUGAAGAUACACCUCAGAGUUCACAGUGGUCAGAAACCUUACAAAUGUACUCAUUGUGACAAAACAUUUAAACAUUCAACAACUUUGAAAAUACACCUCAGAGUUCACAGUGGAACUUUGCAAAGACACCUCAGAGUUCACAGUGGUGAGAAAGCUUACAAAUGUACUCAUUGUGAUAAAUGCUAUACUAGAAAGUGGAACCUGAAAGUGCAUAACAGAUCAUACCAUGGGAAUUGGCCUCACAAGUGCAGCUAUUGCAGCAAAGGGUUUGAGAGUCGGAGGAGCUUAAAGAAACACCAGUGUAGACAACUAUCUUUGGAUAGAGAGAAAUUCACUUGUUGGAUGUGUGGUGAAUUUUGUCACAAUUGUUGUGGCAUACUUCACCACAUGUAUGAACACGUUGCAAGUUUAAUUCUUGUUGCUUUUGGAACAGUCAACCCAGGACUAAUGGAUCGUUUCAGAUGGUUUCAGGUGGUUUCAGGUGAUUCCAACUUUUACUACCUACGCUUCAGGUUUGAAAUCGAUGCGGCUGGACGAAGGUACGCAACAAUGAGCCACGAUGAAAUGUCAAAGAAUCAUCCUAGAGGAUUGAACGAUGUAGAGAGCACAGAAAAAGAAGCAAGAAUGUAUGAAACACAAGAUCAAGGAGACGGCUACAAAGCGCUGAAACUAUACCUGCAGAAAGUCAAUCCAAAUUGCACUGCCUUUUUCCAGUAUCCGAAGAAAAACUGUGCAGCCGAAGAUGCAGUUUGGUACGAAGCACGACCGCUUGGAAUACACAGCCUCACUAAAAUGAUGAAAAAUAUCAGCGAAGAAGCGAAUUUAUCCAAAGUUUACACAAAUCAUUGUAACGAGUAUUUCAUCAAAUGGAAAGGUUACUCCAGUCUUGAGAACUCAUGGGAGCUAGAAGAAAAUUUGAACUCGCCUGCUUUGAGUUCGAUGAAUGAAAGGCUGCAAACUGUUUUCAAGCGUGAGAGAAAGGCAAGUAGAGUAAAAAUGAGGCAUAGCAAAAGAAGGAGUGGACUCAAAUGUGCCAAUACUGACAACUGCUUUCACUCAAAAAGAAAUCAGACAACACAUUUUGGAACUCCCAGAGAUGAAAGGCCUUACAAAUGUACACAAUGUGAGAAGAACUUCAAAAAUCAAAAAGCGUUAAACCAACACCACAGGGUUCAUAGCGAUGAGAAACCUUAUCAAUGUAUACAGUGUGAGAAAAACUUCAAGCAACAACAGGGGUUACAUCAACACCUCAGCAUUCAUAGUGACGAGAAACCUUAUCAAUGUACACAGUGUGAGAAGAGCUUCAAGCAUCAACGCUUGUUACGUCAACACACCAGGGUUCAUAGUGGUGACAAACCCUACAAAUGUAUUCAUUGUGACAAAACAUUUAAUCGAUCAGGAAAUUUGCAAAGACACUUCAGAGUUCACAGUGGUGAGAAACCUUACAAGUGUUCUCAUUGUGACAAAUGCUUUACUCAAAAUUGGAGCCUGACAAUGCAUAACAGAUCAUACCAUGGAAAUUGGCCUCACAAGUGCAGCUAUUGCAGCAAAGGGUUUGAGGAUCAGAGGAGCUUAAAGAGACACAAGUGUAGACAACUAUCUUUGGAUAGAGAGAAAUUCACUUGUUGGAUGUGUGGUGAAUUUUGUCACAAUUGUUGUGGCAUACUUCACCACAUGUAUGAACAUGGUAUGAAAAAAGAGUAAACAGAUAUUUUUCUGAUCAUUCUGGAGCAAAAGUGUUAUUGAGGGUUGAGGUCUCUUCUGGUUAAGUCCAGCCCUUGGAUAACCUUGAUAAUGUGUGCUGAAGAAUCUGGUGGUUUACUUUUACUUUUGGAACUGAGAAGUAAAUAAUCAUGUUGCAAUUGAGUUUGUUGUUAUUUUAUUACUGUACUUAGAUCAUGGCAUUUUUAUUAGUAGCACUAUAAUUUAGCAUUUAUAUGAUGUUCAUGUGUUCUUCAACUGCUUAGUUUAGUCACUUUGUUGAGUAGUAAUUAACCGUAAGAAUAUUACUGAUGUGUGGAAUUUUACCAUGUACUCAGUGACAGCAUGUUUUGCCUAAAUUCUUUUCUCUUUUAAAUGAUGAUUGUAAAUUCACUCAGUUUUUGCAUGCUACUCUUUUAGGUUUAGCUGAAUUUCUAAAUUCAAAACUUGCUUGUAUCUGUUUAAACUACAUACUCUAUUAUCACCUCAAACUAAUAUUAUUUGUUUCUCUUUUUUUGGUGUAAACAAAUCGGAUCAUGUUUCUGUAGGUACUCUUGACUGGUAUAUCCACCAAUGUCGAUAUCACCAAUGUCGAUCAACACUUUGUUGACACUUGGUCAAUAGUCAGCUGAUAGUCUGCUUAUACUAGUUUUACACUCAUCAAUAUUCAGUUGAUACUUGGUCAAUACUCAGUUAAGACUAAGUUGAUAGUCGGUCAAUGUAUGGGUGGAGAUUAUCAACAUCAAAAUUGAUUGAGAAAAAUGAAGUCAAGUUUAACCUGUAAUACUAAUUGCCUGAGGGGAAUUCUUGGAGUGAUGCCAAUGUACCCUGGUAGCUCCACAAGGGAGGUGCUUGAGGGCUCUGUAACUCUGUAAAUAAUAAAGCAAAUAAACUUCAACCUCUAUAUAGUG